AUGGUGGACAACAAUAACUUAUUCGAUGACAUACCCGUUGAGAACAAUAACACCGUAGAUUCUCAAGACAUAGAAGAUGAAAUAGAAAUGGAAAUGGCUCUUGAUUCAUUACCUUACUCUGAAAGUGUCUUUAAUAUAGUGCCCUGCUUCCACAAUGUGUGCACUUGCUCAAAAAGAUUGAUGCCAGAUCGUGAUGAGUUGGAAAGAUUAAUACUUGAAAGACCAUACUUCACAGAUUUACCAGUACCAUUAAAUGAUUCAUUCAAGAUACACAAUUUCAAGAAAAUCGAACGGUCUGAAGAUAUAAAAGAUAAAUCAUUUAAAAGAGUUUCACCUAAGGUUCCAAUCAAAACAUUUCUCUUUGUUUUUAAAGAAGAUGUUAUAGGUUCCAACCGAACAAAGUCUAUGGAUAAUCAUUCUUGUCUUUAUAUAAGGGGUUUAAGUAAGCAGUAUGAGCACAAUCUAAAUGAUUGUUUGAUAAGUCAUGUUGAACGUAUUUUAAAUGAUCUCGUUGAAGAAGAGAAGAACUUUAUCAAUGACAAAUUACAAAAUGGGAAAGAAUACAAUGGAUAUGAUCUUCAAUCAAUUGAUUCUUUUGAACCAUCAUUCCCAAAUAUUAAUGAUCUUAUGAAUGACUUCUUAUUAGGAUCAAAUCCGUUUUCAAUUCAAUUAAAACCAUCAUUGAUUCCACCUAAACAAGUUUUGAAAACUUUAUUGAGUGUUUUAUAUUCUGGGGUUGAAAUUGAAGAAAGACCAGGAUUUAUGGCAGAAUAUCGAAAUGAUGAGUACUCAGUUUUGAUAGUUGCAGAUGAUGAAUUAAAAGAACCAAAGUUCUUGAAAUAUUGUGAACAAAAAUUUGAAAGUUAUUUUAAUGAGUUAUAUGUUAAGGAAGGAAAAGUGGUAAUUAAACAAAAUGAAUCUAUAUGGUUGACACCUUCAAAAAAUAAUUAUAAGUUGAUUGAUACUGAACCACCAAUUUAUUCAAAGCUUUAA